CGCUGGGCGAUGGUACGAUGACCGCUCUUGGGUGUCUUGUGUACGCAUUCGCCGUAGCGGCGAGUUCGCUCGCGUACGCCUAUGACGACGAGUGCAACAUUCCUCUCUUGGACAGAGCUCAAUUAACAGCAACAUCUUCCUUGCCAGAAAGAGGACCGAACAAUGCUAGGCUAAAUGGAGAUUCCGCGUGGUCAUCAGACUCUAGCAAUUACGAGCAACAUCUUACUAUGGAGCUGGGGGACAGAUAUGAGAUACGCAGCAUUGCUACGCGAGGGCGGGCACAUACUAAUGAAUACGUGACAGAAUAUAUUAUCCAAUAUUCUGACGAUGGUCAAGCUUGGGCCAGUUAUGAAAGCCAGGAUGGUGUAGAUGAGAUGUUUAAAGGAAAUGUAGACGGAGACAGGAUAAAGCUUAACAGAUUUGAGGUACCGAUAAUCGCGCAGUGGAUCAGAAUAAAUCCAACGCGAUGGCGAGACAGGAUAUCCCUGAGGAUUGAGCUUUUUGGAUGCGACUAUGUGUCUAACGUCGUUUCUUUCAACGGAUCCUCUCUCGUACGGCUGGAUUUACUCAGAGAGCCCAUCGAGACCGACAGACACUUUAUACGUUUCCGAUUUAAGACAAACAACGCCGAUGGUGUAAUAAUGUAUUCCCGCGGCACCCAGGGCGAUUACAUAGCCUUGCAAUUGCGUGACAACAGGAUGUUACUUAAUAUCGAUCUGGGAUCCGGUGUUAUGACAAGUCUAUCCGUCGGCAGUCUUUUGGACGACAAUAUGUGGCAUGAUGUUUUAAUCUCACGCAAUCGGAAAAAUAUCUCGUUCUCUGUGGACAGAGUGCUGAUUAAGGGCAGAAUAAAAGGACAGUUUCAUCGGCUAGAUUUAAAUCGAGAGCUCUACAUCGGCGGUGUACCCAACAAGCAGGACGGUUUGGUGGUGAACCAAAAUUUCACCGGCUGUAUAGAGAAUUUUUAUCUAAACGCGACGAAUAUAAUUCACGAGCUGAAGGAGACGGAAAUCACGGGCGAGAACUUGCGAUAUUAUAGGGUCAAUACACUCUUCACUUGCCCGGAACCUCCAGUGAUACCAGUCACGUUCCUAACUCCUGGAUCUUACGCCAGAUUGAAAGGAUACGAGGGUGUACCAUCCCUGAACGUCUCUCUCGCAUUCCGAACUUACGAGGAGCGUGGAAUAAUCCUUUAUCAUGAUUUCACGACCCGAGGCUUCGUCAAGCUGUACCUGGAAGAAGGUAAACUGAAGGUCGAUGUACAGACGAAGGAUUAUCCAUUCGCGACAUUGGAUAACUUCUAUGAAAAAUUCAACGACGGAAAGUGGCAUCAAAUAAUCCUGACGAUCGCCAAAAAUUCGCUCGUCCUAAACGUCGAUGGACGACCGAUGAAAACGGAACGUCUCCUGGAUAUGAUAACUGGAUCGUAUUAUUUUAUCGGUGGCAUGAUCGGAGUGGGGAGUAAUCACGGUUUCAUCGGCUGUAUGAGGAUGAUAAGCAUCGACGGAAAUUAUAAAUUGCCGACCGACUGGAAGGAAGAGGAAUAUUGCUGUAAGAAUGAAGUCGUCUUCGACACUUGUCAAAUGGUGGAUCGCUGUAAUCCGAAUCCUUGCAAGCACUCCGGUGUUUGUCAUCAAAAUUCUGACGAGUUCUUUUGCGAUUGUGCUAACACUGGGUACGCCGGUGCCGUCUGUCACACCUCAUUAAAUCCCUUGUCGUGUGAGGCGUAUAAGAACAUGAAUCCCGUAAAUCAGCGUGCGGAAAUUAAAAUCGAUGUGGAUGGGAGCGGACCUUUAAAUCCCUUCCCUGUCACUUGCGAGUUCUUUGCUGACGGCAGAGUAAUAACAGUUCUACGACACAGUAAUGAACAUUCGACCCCUGUCGAUGGAUUCGAGGAGCCUGGGAGCUUUAUACAAGACGUUAAUUACGACGCUGACCUCGAUCAGAUAGAAGCUUUGUUGAAUCGAUCCAUAAGCUGUAGGCAAAGGAUAAAUUAUUCAUGCAAGCAUUCCAGGUUAUUUAACUCCCCAGUCCCCCAAGGCGAUUACUUUAGACCGAACUCGUGGUGGGUGAGCCGGAAUAAUCAGAAGAUGGAUUAUUGGGGUGGUGCAUUGCCUGGAUCGCGAAAAUGCGAAUGCGGUAUACUCGGAAAUUGCGCGGACCCUACCAAGUGGUGCAAUUGCGACGCUAAUUUAGAAGGAUGGUUAGAGGAUGGUGGCGAUAUCACGGAAAAGGAAUAUCUUCCUGUCAAACAGCUACGUUUUGGUGACACGGGUACACCACUGGACGAAAAGGAGGGUCGUUAUAUGUUAGGCCCACUCUUUUGCGAGGGCGAUGAUUUGUUCAAGAACGUAGUCACAUUCCGCAUAGUGGAUGCUACCAUCAACUUGCCGACGUUUGAUAUCGGUCAUAGCGGCGACAUUUAUUUCGAAUUUAAAACCACCAUCGAAGACGCUGUGAUAAUUCAUAGCAGAGGCCCCACUGACUACAUCAAAGUUUCCAUAAAUAGCGGAAACCAGAUACACUUCCAGUACGUCGCUGGUGGAGGACCGCUUACCGUGAGUGUGCAAACGUCUUAUAAUUUGGCCGACAAUCGGUGGCAUUCCGUAUCGGUGGAAAGGAAUCGCAAGGAAGCUCGAAUCGUUCUCGACGGAGCGCUAAAGAACGAAGUGCGCGAACCUCCGGGACCGGUACGAGCACUCCAUCUUACGUCAGACCUUGUGAUAGGCGCCACGACCGAUUACAGAGACGGUUUCGUCGGUUGUAUAAGAGCGUUACUUCUCAAUGGUCAAUUGCAAGAUCUGAAAAGUUACGCUCGGCGCGGGUUAUACGGCGUCACAGAGGACUGUGUCGGCAGAUGUGAGAGUAGUCCUUGCCUUAAUAAUGGCACAUGUCACGAAAGAUAUGACGGAUAUUGGUGCGAUUGCCGAUGGACCGCGUUUAAGGGACCAAUUUGUGCGGACGAGAUUGGCGUGAAUAUGCGACCUAGUUCGAUGAUAAAAUAUGACUUUAUGGGCAGUUGGCGUUCCACUAUCGCUGAGAAAAUCCGCGUUGGCUUUACGACGACCAAUCCGAAAGGUUUCUUGUUAGGCCUGUUCUCCAAUAUCUCUGGAGAGUAUAUGACUAUAAUGAUUUCAAACAGCGGACAUCUAAGAGUAGUUUUUGAUUUCGGUUUCGAACGGCAAGAGGUCAUAUUCCCAUACAAGCACUUCGGUUUGGGGCAAUAUCACGACAUCAGAAUCGGUAGGAAAAAUUCGGGAUCUACUCUGGUGAUGCAAAUCGACAAUUAUGAGCCGCGGGAGUUCAAUUUUAAUAUAAAGAACUCAGCGGACGCGCAAUUCAACAACAUCCAGUAUAUGUACAUCGGCAGGAACGAGUCUAUGACGGAGGGAUUCGCGGGUUGCAUAUCGAGGGUCGAAUUUGAUGACAUAUAUCCGUUGAAGCUACUCUUCCAGGAAAACGGACCUAUCAACGUGCGCUCGAUUGGUACUCCUUUGACCGAGGAUUUCUGCGGAGUCGAGCCGAUCACACAUCCACCGGAUAUCAUAGAGACGCGACCACCGCCAGAAGUAGACGAGGAAAAAGUGAGAGCGGCGUACAACGAGACUGACACGGCCAUUUUAGGGAGUGUACUAGCAGUCAUUCUGAUUGCACUUGUAAUCAUGGCGAUUCUUAUAGGUAGAUAUAUGUCUAGGCAUAAGGGCGAAUAUUUGACGCAAGAGGAUAAAGGUGCUGAGAUCGCUCUGGAUCCGGACUCAGCGGUUGUAAACUCAGCCACCGGUCAUCAAGUCCAGAAAAAGAAAGAAUGGUUCAUUUAAAAAUCGAAAUGCAUCAUAUUAAAUAUGUAUGCACUGAAGAGAAGUAACGAGUACACAUUAACUUAAUCUAAAAUACUUCAUAGGUAUCUUUGAAGAGUAACAUCUCUUUUGCUCCAUUAAACUAUUUUUAUCUAUGUUAUAAUUUUAUAUUACACAGAAAGAAUCCGAAAAAAAUUGGUCAAAGCUCAACUUUUGCUCAAAUUUUUGAAUUUCAUUACGAGAUAUACAUAGUUUCAUUAAAAUUUGAAUUUUUAAUUGUAAGUUUAAUUGUUACUUCUAUUUAGAAUAUAAAUUAAAGAUCUUUUUAUAAAUAAUAUCUCCUUCUUCAAAGGAUGUGACAGUAUUACAAAACGGCCUAAAAACACUUUGUAAAUAUUUUAAAAUACUUUAAAAUAAACUACUACUACUAGUACUUUUGUUGCUAUUCUUAAUAAUUUUCGAAUAAACAAUAUGUAACACAUAAGAUGUGCUACAUAAAUUUAGCGGCUAAGAAAGUCAGAAAUCACAAUUAAAUUUUAUAAUUAAAUUAAAUUUGAAUUUCGACCAAUUUUUUCGGAUCUAUUUCACUGCAUGACAUUCAUUGGAAAUUGUCAUUUCAUGUUUUUUCUUAACAUAUUUCUCUCGCUUCAUAAUUCUUCGCAUAAUAUAACUGCCGAUACGUCACACACAAACUCUUUGAGGUGCGAUUGUGACAGCAAGUGAUUUUUAUUUUUAUAUUUCGCCUGCAUUUAUUAUGCGACUAAGGAAAAGAAUUUGAUUGUUAUAUAAUCAUCUUUUUUAAUUGAAGUAUUUAUUACACUUUAAUUUAAAUAUGUAUUUUUAUGGUGGAGCAUAAAAGAGUUUUUUAUGUAACAUAAAUAGAUUUUCCAUGUACAAAGCUAUCUUUACUACAGAUAAAACUUAUAUAUUUUGUUCUUUCUUUUUUUUUAUAAUUAUUCACAGUAUUAGUCGAAAUGUCUACCGUCCAAAGUGCGUUUAAUACUUUUUUUUAGAUUUAUUUUAUUUUCAUUUGUUUAUGUGAUUAUAUUUUACAGAUUAUAUUUUACUUUUUUUACUUAUAGAUCUGCAACUCACUGUAGUAAUUUAAUAUUAAUAUAGCACUAAGGAUUGUAAUUGUAAUAAUAAUAACAGAAAUGAUAAUAAGAUAAUAUAAUAACGAUAAUAAGAAUGUAAUAAGAAUGAUAAUUGUAUACUAAGCAUGUAAUACAAAAUGAUAUUGUACAUAAGUCAUUUUUAUACGAAUAGCACGAUCGUUAUUUCUUGCUAUUAAAUUGGUAUGUAGUACAACGAUCGAAUGUUGAACAGACACGAAAACAAAAAAUAUGCAUUUUUCACCUUUCUGUACGAACAAACUAUUAAUACAAAUAGUAAUACUCAAGUUUGGAAAAAAAAAUGAUCUGAUACAAUUAUCUGAAAGAACAAUGUCUUCUUUUAUAUAAAAGACGAAUUCAAUGAAAAUAAAUCAUCUAUAUGUUCUAUUUUUGCGUUUUUCAUCGAGAUUCUUUCAAAUAUCGGCAUUUAAAAUUCAAAAAAAUCUAUUGCAUUCCUCCAAAACUUAACGAUUUAGAUUCUAAAUCAUAAAUGAUUAAAUCAUAGAUUCAAUCAUAAAAUGUUCAAUUACUUACCGAUAUUAUUUAUAUGAAACAUCUACUUACGGUUCGCCUGGCAGAUUUGUCGGGUGACUGCAUCCAAGUAUGCCAAGAUUUCUGCAAAUCGCACUUGUUAGAGAAACUCGUGUCGUUACUCCUUUUGAUCUUUUUAAAUCAAACUGCGGAAGCACAGCGCGAAAGAAAUUGAUUAAUGCUGAGCAAAUGAACUUUUAGGCACGUAAGCUGUAUUUACACGUGUACUCGUCAAAAACAACUGGUCGAAAUGUUUAAACAUUAAAAUACAAUAACUUUCAUAAAA